AUGAGCAGAAAUACCGUUGUUGAGAUUUUGUUUCUUGUCUUGCUGCAAUAUUUUGCAUUGCUAAACGUUACUGGAGAUUGGAUUGAUAUUGCUGAAAAACGACCUACAUCUCAAAGCAGCACACAAACUCACUAUCUGGCCAGUCAUGCCGUAGACGGAAAUUCUGAAACCUGCUCUCGAACCCGUCAUCUGGUAAAGCAGAUGUGGAGAGUUGAUUUAGAAACGCGAGUGUGGGUAGUGUCUGUUAAAAUUCUAACUAGAAGAAGGCUAUCAAACGUUGACAUCAGAAUAGGUGAUGAGGAACAACUGGCUUUUGAAUCUAACCGACUGUGUCGCCAAGGUCUUGAAAUCAAAAGCGCUUACUUGCAACGAUAUGACUGUGCUGAGCCAAUGCUGGGCAAAUAUGUUUAUAUUUCACUGGGCCACAAAGGAGCAGCAACGCUGGAAUUGUGUGAUGUACUGGUCCACAUGAACACGGGUAAUGCAUUUGACGACCAAAUGACUUACCUUCUUCCUACGAGUUCUGGCAAGAAACUGAUCAAGGGGAUUAUAAGGAGCGCAGAUAAAAGUGGUAAAUUUUGGUUCAAGGUGUUCAAAAACAGAAAAAGCUACGAUAAUUAUACACGUUAUAGGAAAGACGUCAUUAUAGAUCUUCCUCCAGGAAAAGAAAUGUUGAAGAGGAACGCAUCUAUCCUAAUACCUGUGGAGCCAAGUGAAAACCACUACCGGGAAGAUAAAUGUGGUCCGAAGAAUCAUGACAUCUACAUCAACGGAACAGUCCUUGACUACUCUGAGGAUAAGGAAACUGUCGCGGUCAAAAGUGUUUACAUCCCUUUCAGUGAAAAGAAAAUCAAGAAAAAGCGACUGCGGAUCUUCCAUUGCAGUAUAAGUAACGUGCGAAUAAGAAGAGCUAACAUCUGUGACAUGCCAAACAAAUGUGGUACCUCACUCGGAUCUCAAUGCGACAAAACAUUCAUCAGUUCGUCGUUUCCUCCGGGCGCGUAUCACUGCAAGUGCAAUGUUGGCUUUAUUCCAUCUCCUUCUUCAAAACUUGGUAUGGACAAUCAUGUUAAUCCCGGCGAACGCUGCAUCAGAAAACCAAAAGCGCGCUUUCAGUUGCAACACAGCGGCCAGAAUCUUGCCUCAGCAAUGAAAGUAACUGCGUCUUCGACUGACAACUUUGACGGUUGCAAGAAAGACGUGGGCUGUAAAGAGGUUCUCGCUUUUGGCCGGUUUGUAGUGGAUAGCAACUUAAAAACAUGCUUCCUUUCACUAAAUGAAUAUAAACCUUGGCUCAUUGUGCAUCUGGACGACUAUAGGCCAGUGUCUUAUGUCCGUGUUGCUGCUUCCCCGAAAUUUCCUUUGGAUCGUCUCAUAGUGUCCGUAGGUGAAAUAAAAGGAAAGUUGAGUCACUUUAAAAAGUGUGCAUUUCGGCGCGUGUUGGAGAAAGGACAGCAGUUAAGCUUCGGAUGUGACGAUUACUUGUUCGGAAAUGCCGUGAAAAUAACAACUAACUCUCGCAUAUUGAGUUUAUGUGAGGUUGAGGUGUACUCUUACUCUUAUGCGAACGUUGCUUUGCAACCUGCAUCUAAACUCAAAAAGUCUCUCAUGAACGAUGGAGAUCUCCAGUCAUGUUUUAGGACAACAGGAACUGUGUGGUCUCUGGACCUGGGAAAUAAUAUCCGCGUAGCGGUGGUAUUUAUAUCACAUGGUCGUUCAACGAGUCUUGGAGGUUCUGAAAUAACAGUUGGUUACUCAGGAAAGAAAGAAAUCUGUACAACAAUUCCUAAAUAUAAAGAAUCGGCAAAUUACUUUGAAUGCCAGAAGCCGGUUAUUGGGAAUAGAUUGGAUGUCGACUUGAAAAGUCGUCGCACUUUUGAAAUUUGUGAAGUGGAGGUUUUUCAGACAAAGACAGUAAACUUAGCUGCAAAGCGUCCUGCGAAAGCAUCUCAAGAUAACGACAAUGCAUACAGAGGCUGUGAUCAGAAAAUAGACAAAUCGUUCUCUAUCAACGAAGAUCAUGUUCCACUGUGGUGGCGUGUAGACUUGAUAGCAGUAUGCAAAGUUCAUUUGGUGCGAAUUGUGACAGCGACAGGCUACAAACCGGCUGACCUCAAAGGUUUAAAAGUUCUAGGCAAGUUAUCGAAUACGUGUGUCAGACCCCUCUCUCAGAGCAACUUGAUAUCUUAUUCUUCACGACGAAAAAUUGGCAGUCUGGAUUCUCCAACAGCAGAACCUGUCCAGACUAUAAUUCUUUCAAAGGACACCAGAAAGAGGAUUGUCAGCCUCUUUCUUGAAAAAUUUCCCGCCAAACUCCAGUUCCGUGAGGUGGAAAUUUACAAUGGCCCGUUGUUAGUUGUUGAUGUCUGUAAAAAGCCUUAUAUUUGUGGCGACAAUUACAAAUGCGUGAAUGGGAAAAAAAGUCAUUCGUGUAUUUGUCCGAGUGGAUUCCAAAUAACAGGGCGGUAUAAGAAAUGCAAAGACAUCGACGAAUGCGCUUCUAAAAAUGCAUGUAAUCAUGAGAGGCAUGUGAAGAACUAUCAUUGUAAGAACACCGCUGGAUCAUAUGAGUGCUCGUGCAGGGAUGGUUACGAAGCUGUGAGUGAUGCCAAAGGAAAACUUCAAACAUGUCGAGACAAGGAUGAAUGCAGUAAUCCAAAAUUGAACGAAUGCAGUAAGGACACCACAUGCGUCAACCAGAUAGGAAGAUACAUUUGCAAGUGUGUUGUGGGAUAUGAGGCAGACAAGGGAAGUAAAGCUACCGCCAUAGACAUCAAGUGCAUCGAUACAAAUGAGUGCAAUGAGGACAAAAAUUUCUGCGGCCUCAACUCCGUUUGUACAAACACCGUGGGAUCUUAUCACUGCAACUGUGAAGUGGGCUUCAAGAGUAAUAUGAACGAUGGAAAGAAUUGUUCUGCACUAACCCCCUGCUCCUAUGGCCCGUGCACGAAGAAUACAAUUUGUAAAGAUUUUAAUGGCACUUACGUGUGUGAUUGCAAAGGAGGCUAUUAUUUCAGUGCAGUGGGCUGUAUUGACAACAAUGAAUGUGAAUUGAACAAAGAUAUCUGUGGUUCAAACUCUGUUUGUUCAAACACUGGGGGAUCUUACAAAUGCAACUGCGAAGUUGGCUACAAGAGUGCAAAUGAUGGUGGAAAAAAAUGUUUCGAUAUCGAUGAAUGUGCGAAAUUGGAGAUAUGUGGUGAUACAGCAACUUGUGGGAACACUUUAGGAUCAUACACUUGCACAUGCCCGGAUGGAUUUGCUUUCAAUUCACGAAAAAGAAUAUGUGUGGAUUAUGAUGAAUGCGAGAUUGGUCGUCCGUGCGAUAUGAUUUGUGCAAACACAUUUGGAUCGUACACCUGUAGCUGCCACGAAGGAUAUCGUUUAGACAAAAUGCAUUGCGCAGAAAUUGAUGAAUGCCAGGAAAAAACAUACGACUGCCCAGCUUUCUCAAGGUGUAAAAACCAAAAUGGCAGUUAUGAAUGUCUCUGUGAAGAUGGUUAUAGAAAGGCGUCGGACGGAACUUGUUCAGAAAUUUGUCAUCCAGAAUGCGAAGUAAAUUCAUUUUGUCAGAAUGGAAAGUGUAUGUGCAAGAAGGGCUUUUCUAUGGGCCUGAACCUCACUUGUCAACCAGCUUUUCUUGAGUCAUCAGGCGUUUCAUUCCACUCGCGUGUUUUGUUCCUUAUGAUUGCGUUGCUGUGUUCCUUGGUCCUGCUGUGGUUCGUGGUUUUGCUUUGA